CCGGGAAUAAGAACCAAGGCCUCUCAUUACCGUACUAUUCUGAGUGUAUCGUCCUAUUUCAAGCUUCCCGAGCAAGGAAUGAAAGAUUAUGAGCUUCUCAGCCAGGGAACCGGGUUUUGUUUAUCCGGUCCACCAGCUUUGUCUACCAAAGUCAUCCUUUUAAGUUGCUCGCACGUCCUUGCGCCGUACAGAUGGCAGCAAUACUUCAAAAAGCCCUGGCUUGAAUUUGUAAAAGAUGAGCACGUUGAAAGAAGGAUUAAGAUUUGGACGUAUGAGGCGGGAAACCCAGAAGCGGGACGAUGGAGCAACGAAGCAAGAAUAGAGGGGACUCCAGCUCACCAUAGUUGUCUGGACCUGUGUAUUAUCCCUUUGGAAGAUGGUAUAGUUGAAACCUGUGCAUUGGUACCUUACGAUGAGAGGGACGACGGAGAAGUAAUGAUCGAAAAGGAGAAUUUGACAUUCCUGGGAUUCCCUUCUACCGACACAAUCAACAUCGACAAGAAGGCUUGCCUGAUGCACAUACAAGGAAAGGCGCUUCUAUCUUUUUCUGACACACAGGGUCGGACGUAUGCCAAGACGAAAGAAAGACUGGUAGUGGGAAUGAGUGGUGGGCCUGUGCUCGACGGCUCUGGACGAUUUUGUGGCCUCUUCCAGGGAAUUUUGCCUCCGGCGCCCCGAACGCCAGAAGAGGAGAGGCAGCAAGCCGACGGUGGCCUCGACCCCGUCCUUCGG